GUUCCCCACCAUCACUCCUCCCAUUCCUUCCAAUUUUAUUUUUAGCUGCCAGUGGGAGGGGGCAGGAUGGGAGGGAAAGUAAAGAAAACAGAAAAGGAGGACAGAGGCACUGAGGACUUCUCAUUCGGACAGAAGAACGACCAGGCAUGGAGCUACCCCUCAUCCUUCACCUGUUCUUGCCCCUGAUGUUCCUGACAGGUCUCUGCUCUCCCUUUAACCUGGAUGUGCAUCACCCACGCCUAUUCCCAGGGCCACCUGAGGCUGAAUUCGGAUACAGUGUCUUACAACAUGUUGGGGGUGGACAACGAUGGAUGCUCGUGGGUGCCCCCUGGGAUGGGCCUUCAGGUGACCGGAGGGGGGAUGUCUAUCGCUGCCCUGUGGGAGGACCUCCCAAUGUCCCAUGUGUCAAGAGCCACUUGGGUGACCAUCCACUGGGAAAUUCAUCUCGACCUGCUGUGAAUAUGCACCUGGGGAUGUCGCUACUAGAGACAGAUGAUGAUGGUGGAUUCAUGGCCUGUGCCCCUCUCUGGUCUCGUGCUUGCGGCUCCUCUGUCUUCAGUUCUGGGAUCUGUGCCCGGGUAGACGCUUCGUUCCAGCCCCAGGGAAGCCUGGCACCCACAGCCCAACGUUGCCCCACCUACAUGGAUGUCGUCAUUGUCUUGGAUGGCUCCAAUAGCAUCUACCCCUGGUCUGAGGUACAGACUUUCCUACGAAGACUGGUAGGGAGACUGUUUAUUGACCCGGAGCAGAUACAGGUGGGACUGGUACAGUAUGGGGAGAGCCCUGUACACGAGUGGUCCUUGGGAGAUUUCAGAACCAAGGAAGAAGUGGUGAGAGCAGCAAGAAACCUGAGUCGGCGGGAGGGACGAGAAACAAAGACUGCCCAAGCAAUAAUGGUGGCCUGCACAGAAGGGUUCAGUCAGUCCCGUGGGGGCCGACCAGAGGCUGCCAGGCUACUGGUAGUUGUCACCGAUGGAGAAUCACAUGAUGGGGAGGAGCUUCCUGCAGCACUAAAGGCCUGUGAGGCUGGAAGAGUGACACGCUAUGGGAUUGCCGUCCUUGGUCACUAUCUCCGGCGGCAGAGAGACCCUACCUCUUUCCUGCGGGAAAUCCAAACUAUUGCCAGUGAUCCAGAUGAGCGGUUCUUCUUUAAUGUCACAGAUGAGGCUGCACUGACUGACAUUGUAGAUGCACUAGGAGACCGGAUUUUUGGCCUUGAGGGGUCCCAUGGAGAGAAUGAAAGCUCCUUUGGGCUGGAAAUGUCUCAGAUUGGUUUCUCCAUUCAUCGGCUGAAGGAUGGGAUUCUCUUUGGGAUGGUGGGGGCCUAUGACUGGGGGGGCUCAGUGCUCUGGCUUGCAGAAGGUCACCGCCUUUUCCCCCCACGAAUGGCCCUGGAAGAUGAGUUCCCUGCUGCGUUACAGAACCAUGCACCCUACCUGGGUUACUCUGUUUCUUCCAUGCUUUUGCGGGGUGGUCGCCGCCUAUUUCUCUCAGGGGCUCCUCGGUUUAGACAUCGAGGAAAGGUCAUCGCCUUCCAGCUUAAGAAAGAUGGGGCUGUGAGAGUUGCCCAGAGCCUCCAGGGGGAGCAGAUUGGCUCAUACUUUGGCAGUGUGCUCUGCCCAUUGGAUACGGAUGGGGAUGGAACAACUGAUGUCUUACUUGUGGCUGCUCCCAUGUUCCUGGGACCCCAGAACAAGGAGACAGGAUGUGUCUAUGUGUAUACGGUGGGCCAGCAGCCCUUGCUGACACUUCAGAGAACACUUCAGCCAGAACGCCCACAGGAUGCUCGGUUUGGCUUUGCCAUGGGUGCCCUUCCUGACCUGAAUCAAGAUGGCUUUGCUGAUGUGGCUGUGGGGGCACCCCUUGAAGAUGGGCACCAGGGAGCACUGUACCUGUAUCAUGGGACCCAGAGUGGAGUCAGGCCCCAUCCUGCACAGCGGAUUGCUGCUGUCUCCAUGCCACAGGCCCUCAGCUACUUUGGCCGAAGUGUAGAUGGCCGACUAGAUCUUGAUGGAGAUGAUUUGGUAGAUGUGGCUGUGGGUGCCCAAGGGGCAGCCAUCCUGCUCAGUUCCCGGCCCAUUGUCCGCCUGUCCCCCUCGCUGGAGGUGACCCCACCAGCCAUCAGUGUGGUUCAGCGGGACUGCAGGCGGCGAGGCCAGGAAGCAGCCUGCCUGACUGCAGCCCUUUGUUUCCGAGUGACCUCUCGCACUCUGGGCCGCUGGGAUCACCAAUUCUACAUGCGGUUCACAGCUUCACUGGAUGAGUGGAUGGCUGGGGCGCGCACAGCGUUUGAUGGCUCUGGCCAGAGGUUGUCCCCUCGGCGACUCCGGCUCAGUGUGGGGAGUGUCACUUGUGAAAAGUUGCACUUCCAUGUGCUGGAUGCAUCGGAUUACCUCCGACCAGUGGCUUUGACUGUGACCUUUGCCUUGGAUAACACCACAAAGCCAGGGCCUGUGCUGGAUGAGGGCUCACCUACCUCCAUACGAAGGCUGGUCCCUUUCUCCAGGGAUUGUGGCCCUGACAAUGAAUGUGUCACAGACUUGGUGCUUCGAGCUAAUAUGGACAUCAGAGGCUCUAGGAAGGCCCCAUUCGUGGUUCGAGGUGGUCGGCGAAAAGUGCUGGUGUCAGCAACUCUGGAGAACAGGAAGGAAAAUGCCUAUAACACUAGCCUGAGUCUCAGCUUCUCUAGAAACCUCCACCUGGCCAGCCUUACUCCUCAGAAGGACAGCCCAGUGAAGGUGGAAUGUUCAGCCCCUUCUCCUCAUGCCCAGCUCUGCAGUGUGGGGCAUCCUGUCUUCCAGACUGGGACCAAGGUGUCCUUUCUGCUAGAGUUUGAGUUUAGCUGCUCCUCUCUCCUGAGCCAGGUCCUUGUGAGGCUAACCACCACCAGCAAUAGCCUGGAAACAAAUGGGACCAUUCAAGAUAACACGGCCCAGGCCUCCUCCUACAUCCAGUAUGCGCCUCACCUCCUGUUCUCUAGUGAAUCUACCCUGCAUCGCUAUGAGGUUCACCCAUACGGGGUCCUCCCAGUGGGUCCAGGCCCGGAAUUCAAAACCACUCUUAGGGUUCAGAAUCUCGGCUGUUAUGUGGUCAGUGGCCUCAUCCUCUCAGCCCUCCUUCCAGCUGUGGCCCACGGAGGCAAUUACUUCCUAUCAUUGUCUCAAGUCAUCACUAACAAUGCAAGCUGCAUAGUUCAGAACCUGACUGAGCCCCCAGGAUCCCCUGUGCAUCCAGAGGAGCUUCAGCACACAAGCAGACUGAAUGGGAGCAAUACCCAGUGUCAGGUCGUGAGGUGCCACCUUGGGCAGCUGGCAAAGGCGACUGAGAUGUCUGUUGGGCUACUGAGGCUGGUUCAUAAUGAAUUUUUCCAGAGGGCCAAGUUCAAGUCACUGACAGUGGUCAGCACCUUUGAGCUGGGAACUGAGGAGGGCAGUGUCCUACGACUGACUGAAGCCUCCCGUUGGAGUGAGAGCCUCCUGGAAGUAAUUCAGACUCGCCCUGUCCUCAUCUCCCUCUGGAUUCUCAUUGGCAGUGUCCUGGGAGGGCUACUUCUGCUUGCCCUUGUUGUCUUCUGUCUUUGGAAGCUUGGCUUCUUUGCCCGUAAGAAAAUCCCUGAGGAAGAGAAAAGAGAAGAGAAGUUGGAGCAAUGAAUGUAGAGGAAGGCUCUAGAAAAUCCUCUCUGGCACAUUCUCCAAGAGACUUGCAUAAGAGUGGAGGUUUGCGGGAUCAGAUGGGACAAGAAGAAGUCUCUGGACCCUCUCCCCAAACCUGCAGUCUGACUUGACUUUUGAAUGAUGGGGAUGCUGUUGGCAAGAGAAGAGAAUUUACCUCAGCCAAGAAGGUUGGCACCUAAAACACAAGUGCUCCCACCCUGUGCUUCCCUCCUCCUCAUGAUCCUAGUUCGACAGCCAACAUUGGGGCCUUCUAGGACCUGUUUUUUCCUAUCCCCAGGAAUCAAGAAUUUUUUUUAUACCUAGGUCUCUGGCACCUUUGAUUUUCCCUCUAUAUCUACCCUCACAGUUUCCGAAAGGAUGAGGGUUACCGUUCUUCAAUCCCCACCUUCUCACCUUCUUGCCUGCCCCCUACUCCACAGGAGGGAGCUGACUUUGGCUUGAAAGAAGUAAAGUCAACAUCUGCUGCUUUCCUGUGGAGACUGGUGAUUCAGAGAGCCGGAUGGGGAGAGUCAACAGGAAAAAAGGAGGGAGGGAAAAAAGCCACAAGAGACAUUCUGUACAAUUCCAAGGAACAGAGGAGCCUUUAGACAGGCAACUGGCAUCCCCUGAAACCCGAGACUUAGUGCACUCACCCGCCCUCAGGUGCUGUUGAAACAGAGCUGCCCCCAGGCUGGUUGGGCACAGGCUUCCCAAUAGGCGGGCAGCCUUCCCUGGGAGUAAAGCCAGGGCUUGGUGCCUGAUUUUCUGGAGCGAGGGGCCCCCAGAUGGCUAGAGCUGGAAUAGCAGAGAAGACGGGAUACCCCAGAGUUUUUUCCACCUCUCUCAGGCCUUCCCCACCCUUAGGCUAUUUUCUUGGUGCCUCUUUAUUCUCCAGAGAUAAGGUAGAGGGUUGCUGCUUGAUGGUGGGAAAUCCUUUCACCUUACCAGCUUUGGGAAGCAGCAGCCUUGUGGGAUUUGGACAAGUGGUGUCUGCAUUAAGGGAGAAGCCAAAGUGGGUGGUGUGAGGUCUCCGGUGAACAAUCUUUUACUUGCUUAGCCCUGGUUUGUAGCACAAAUAGCUCCUUAGAAAAUGUUUCCAGGCAACCCCAGUCACAACUAUACCUUGUGGGGCUUCUCUGGUGGUGGAAUCAGCUUACCAGCCCUUGCCUGAUGUUUACUGGAAACUUCAAAGUUACCUUAUCUCUGGACUCUCCCCAACCCAUUUCACUCCCAUUGUUUGGUCAUGGCCAGUAAAGGGAAUUGCAUGCUCAUCAAUGAUGGGGAUAACAUAUUUACUUGUAAUAAAGACUGGGAUACCACCUAAGUCAGUUAUUGGUCUCCAUAGUACAGCUCCAGCAGCCAUUUGAAGAAGCAGCACCCAUCUAGAGCUAAGAAGAGAGGAGACCUGAUUGGACAGUUCACUAGCAGCCACAGAAACUGUCCUCCAGGACUGUUCUUAAAACCUGGCCACAGUGUUUAUUUUGGCAUGUUUCUUUGGCAUGCAGAGAACUACCCUCAUGGACACUGUCUUAUCUCCUUGUGGGGUAUACAGUAUAUCAGAUGGUCAGAACAAAUACAGUUCAGUGUCAAAUGACUUCUGGCUCUAUUUGGGUUCCUUAGGAUAUGGAUUGCUCAGGAAUGGUGAGAGGUGGAUUCUUGGUUCCCCUAGAUCCUUAUACAGUGGAGUCCCUGGAAGGCAAAGUUAUGAAGUAUUUGAAAUGUUUUCUGUGACUUUCCCACUGGAGAUGUGCUGCAUUUCCUGCAGUUCCCACCUAUUUAAGUGACCACAGAAAAUAAAGUGUAAGGGCUUGUACAAAUAACUGCAAUAAGAUUGUACACUUCUGAUACCAACUGUAAAUGACUGCAAUAACUUCUGGUCUUCAACUACAAUAAAAUUCAAUUCUGACUCUUA